GCGGCGCGGGGCGGGGCGGGGCGGGGCGGCCGUUGGCGGCGCGGGGCUAAGAUGGCGCUGGCGCUGCUGAGGGAGCCGCUGGGCUCCCGGGCGCGGCCGCUGCCGCUGCCCCCCGGCGGCGGCUCCGUGCGCGGCCUCCUGAGGGACUGCGCCCGGCGGCUGUGUAUUCCCGAAGAAAGUUUGUACGUGAAGUGCAACGGGCGGCUGGCGGAUGAUGACGACGAACUGCAAGAUGGCAUGGUGUAUAGCCUGGAAACGAGGCUUUGUGGGGGAAAAGGAGGGUUUGGAUCUAUGCUGCGAGCACUUGGUGCACAGAUUGAAAAGACAACAAAUAGAGAGGCUUGCCGAGAUCUCAGUGGAAGGAGACUUCGAGAUGUCAAUCAUGAAAAAGCGAUGGCAGAAUGGGUGAAGCAGCAAGCAGAACGGGAAGCAGAAAAAGAGCAAAGGCGCUUGGAAAGGCUGCAGCGGAAACUUGCAGAGCCAAAGCACUACUUUACAAAUCCGGACUACCAGCAGCAGUGUCAUGAAAUGGCUGAGCGGCUAGAAGAUUCAGUCCUUAAAGGACUGCAGGCCACUUCUAGCAAAGUAGUGUCACCAGGAAGCAGCAGUAGUCGGAAGCGUCCAGGUGAAUCUGGAAAGAAUGGAACAAAAUAUGGAAAGAAAAAAUGCUUUUUGCUGGGAUUGGAAGGAUUGGAUGAUACUGACAGUUCAGAUUCUGAGAAUGACAGUGAAAACGAUUCCCCUCAUGCAUCUGAUGAAAGUUGUCCAUCAGGCAGCGGAUACAGUGAAAAUGCUGGAAAUUCAAGCAAGUGUUCAAACAGCCCUGUGGAUCCAGCAGAACACAGUCCAGUUGCUGAGAAGGCACCGGAGCAGCCAGAAGUUAGUGGAAGAGACCUGCAAAGGGAGAUGCAUGAAGGUGGGCAAACCGAAAUUCCGGCUGAUGAAAAUAGCAAAAUGACAAAGCCCCAGAAGGAAGAGGCCCAGGAAAGCAAUGAAGCAACCCAAGCCGUGAAAGAAGAGGUGCAAGAAAAUGUUUCUUCUAAGGUGCAGGAAAUGGACCAGUCACAGAGCACAGAGGUGGAACCAAUAGACCUACUCGCAUUCAACUCUGCUGCUGAAAUGGAAGUGCUGGGUUUAGAUAAACUGAAGAUGCAAUUGAUGGCUUUAGGACUGAAAUGUGGAGGCACUUUACAGGAACGAGCAGCAAGGCUUUUCUCAGUGAGAGGUCUCACUAGAGACCAGAUCAAUCCUUCCUUAUUUGCAAAGCCACCUAAAGGGAAAAAAGCAAAAGUUUAAAUUAUUUUGUCUGCGUACUUGUUUUCUUUAUUCUAUUUCCAUUCUGCAUUGCCACAUAGAAUUCUUUGUUAUCCCCAGAUAGAUUUGUUUCUAUUUUUAAUGAAGUUUAGUUAACACAGAGUAAGUUGCUAAACAGCGAGUUAGUUUUGUGCUCAGUAUAAAGGAGUGAUACAGUGUCCUUUACAAAUGGUUAUAACAAGUCUUAAUGUAACAGAACAAAAUCGCUGCAGAUGGGAAGAAAUAACCUGAAUAUCUUGAAUUUGAUGAUUCUAUGACACUGCUGUCACUUAUUUUGAGAAAUAUCAAUCCUUUCUUAGCUUUAGUUUGAGUCUCCUUUGUUAUGUAUUCAAGAUAGCACAGUUACAACUGUCAAGAGAUAAACAUCAAACUUGUUAUUUAGGCUUAAAAGCUGAAGUUUCUUUAUAUAAAAAGAACAUUUUUAUAUGGAUGAGGUCAGUAUAAAUAAAUACUGUUCUGUAAAUUUGUGAGAUGUCAGGUAUCGAUAUGAUAUCGGUUACUAAUUAGUAUAAGUAUUUCUUUUAUAAGAACUAGAUAAAUAAAGAAAUUUACUACUUUUGUUCUUGAAAAGUCUCUGAGUGAGGAAAAAGAUUUACAUCCUUAAGAAAUUAAAAAAUAAAUUACAUUUGUUGCUUGCUGAAGAUUGGUAAGAUAAUGAGUGAUCAUCUGAACCUGAAUGAGAAAUUUAGAACAGGCUUUAUUUUUUUUUUCCAAUGGUAAAAGCAAUGGAAUAAUCUCUCAAGGACUUGAAUAUCUGCAAUAGUGCUGCUUUAUCCUAGAAUAGUGUCUGUAACCUUAGUGCCGGAUUUACCCUGAGGUGUGAAGGACCCUUGCUGGAAGGGCAGCAUAUUUUCAUGACUGCGUGUGCAGCUGCCACUUCCUUUGUUUCACAGGUUUCUAAGUAGUGUUCAGUUUGGUGCCUCAGAUUUUACCACUAUAUACUGGAGAAUACUAUGUUUGUGAUGAUUUUCUUGGAGAGACCUGAAAAAAAAAAUUUACUUUCCUCCUUCUCUGACAUCUGUCAGUCUUUCAGGUUUUUUCUUGACAAACUAUAGAGGUGAGCUCCUAAAACAGCUGUGUUCAUGCAGCUGCUCCAACAUGCUGAUUAAUCUGGCAGUUUGUAUUCAGUCACUGAUGGGACCUGUUCUGUGACUUGCCAGGACUGCAAAGGGAUUUGAAGUCAGAAUUAGGUCCUUGCUAGAUCUGCCAGUCACUUCUGAUCACCCAAGGGAGCAGUCCUGAUGCCAGCAUUCCUCCAGGUGUCGCUGAGGGUCAGGGACAGCCUGGGUGUGAGCAAGCAUCCUCAACUCACCUGGCAGCCAGGUCUUCUGUUCUCCUGCAUAUAUUCCAGUUCACAGCAGAUGGUGCCGAGUCAUCCUGAAGAAAGGUGUGGAAACUGGGAGGUGCAGGAUUUAUUUCUAAUGCAGCAGCUGGUAGGCAAGUCAAAAACACUUCUGUGCUUUGUUUUGUCUUACUUGUGAAAUGGAUUUGAGUCUACUCACCAGUUGGAACCAUAUUUGGUGCAUUUAAAUUCUGUAAAAGUGCUGUAUAUUCCGUACAAGUCCUUAGUGCCCUUUUGGGUCUUUCAACUGGGUGUGAAAUGGACAGGCAGGUAUUUGCAGUCAUGGUAAUUACAUCAUCAUACACAAAUCCAGCCCUCAUGGAUCCACCUGAUGGAGUGUUCUGAAAACACAAAUUAUGGCAAGUGGGGGCUAAGAAAGGUUUGGUUUACUGAGUAUGUUUCAUUAGGGAAUGAUUAGAGGAUACCUACAAGGUCACCUCAACGUAGUGAAGUUUGGUUGCUGUGAAUCACUCAAUGAAGAGUGUUACACAUCAGCAGCAGUCCCACCUGGGUGGCAAGCUAUCAGUAUGCUUAGUGUUCUUAAAAAAACACAAACGAGGUGUGUCAGCAGUGCCUUAGCCAUGUGAAUGUGUUGAAGCUCCUCUGUAGUAUGGCAAGGGAUAGUGUGGGCCAAAAUGGAAUAGGCCAAUUUAGUGAUGUGUGUGGGUAACAUCACUUGCCUAACUUACUUCCCCUUGCUGCAAUUGCACUUUUGCUUCAGUUGCAGUGACUCAGCCUCCUCUAAGCCUGUCCCAUGCACUAUCAUCCACUUGCAUUUCUUGCGGUUUCCUUGCUGUAACAAAUCUGUUCCCUAAUGGGGUAUAGAGUGCAGCACAAACCAAAUUUGUGCCAGCAUAACUAAAGGAGCGUUCUGUAGAGUAGGGAAUAAACAUUGGUCAGCGGAGAAAAACUGGAGUAUCUUCAACCAGCAGUAGUGCCAAACACUUGUUAAAUUGUCUUCAGUAGCGCCAGAAUUAGAAGAAUUACCCUUCCUCUCUGUGUUGUUAGGAUAACGGCUUAUGUGUACCUUGAACCAGCUCGGUGCUUAGGCACAUUUAUUCUGUAAUCGCUUAGAUCCUGCUGAGCUAAACAGGAACAAGCACUUGUUUGGGAGUAUGUCUGCAUACAGGGUUAGUCUUGAGCAAUACUGCAUCUAGAGAGUCAUACAGGCACUCACUGGCAGUGCUUCACUUCCAUGUGACAAUUGGGUAUCCUUCAGAAAUGAGCUGCAUCACAGACAGGACUCAGAUUCUUCAGCAGAACAGAAACAAGUGCUUGAAGCUUUCUGAAGUAUUUGGAUAACAGAAGAAAGAAUUCAGCAGCUACUAAUUAGAUAUAAAUUAGAGCCAUUCCAAUGUGUAAUGGGUUGUUUCAUAUAGUACAGAAUGGCCUCAGAAUAAAGGUGAUCUUUUCUAGUGCAGGACCAGAGGGUAAUGCAGAGCAUACGGUACUCCUGCUUUUAUCUUUAUCUUUCCGAUGAGUAAUGCAGCUUGGGAUUUCAAAACAUGUUUCUGGUUAUAAACACAUUAAGACUGUGAACGUCUGUCCAAAGAAAGGGUUUGUGCUCCUGUGCAAACACCAACAAACAAGAAGUGUGUCUUGCAGAAUUCUUCUGAAGUGUUUUACUUUGCUUUUAAAAAAAUAAAUAAAAAAUCUUCUGAAAGAACUAGA